ACCUCCCUCACCUGUAUCUCAACCAGCAGCUUCUGUACACCACACUUGAGCAGAGUGUUCGGCGUUCAUGUGUGCGCGUACACCCGGCACAUCACAGCAAAAGACAUACGCCGUCGACGAUGUCUUCCAACUCCAUCCACGCCGAUCCUCCACCGCCCGUCGUCACCGAACCGAGUGGAAUCAGCUAUGCUACUGGAGGUGCUCUCGGCAAAGGGGGCUUCGCAAUAUGCCACAAGGCUGAACGAUACGACGGUAGCAGGCCAACGGGCCAGAUCUUUGCCUUGAAGAUUGUCAAGACGAGGAUGGAGCCGGCCAAAUUGGCACAAAAGUUCGUGACAGAGUUGCAGAUUCACAGCAAGCUCUCUCAUCCUAACAUCGUCACCUUCCACCGCGCAUUCUCGUUCCAGACGAGUACAUAUGUCGUGCUGGAGCUGUGUCCUAAUGGCUCCCUCGCAGACAUGCUCAAAAAGCGAAAACAAGUCACACUGCCGGAGAUUCGGAGACUGGUGAUCCAAGUAUGUGGUGCGGUGAAGUACUUGCAUCACCGUCAUAUUGUGCAUCGCGAUCUCAAGACGGGAAAUCUCUUCUUGGACGACAGGAUGAAUGUCAAAGUGGGCGAUUUUGGCCUCGCUGCUCUCUUGGUGACAGAACGAGAUAUGGAAGUCAGGCGAAGAACGACUAUGUGUGGGACUCCGAACUAUCUGGCGCCGGAAAUCUUGGAAAAGGGCAAAGGGCACGACGAGAAGGUGGAUUUGUGGGCAAUUGGUGUCAUUGCAUAUACGCUUGCAGUGGGCAAGGCACCUUUCCACGCGAGUACGAAGGAGGAGAUCUACAAGAAGCUGAGGUCAGGAACAUAUACGUGGCCGGAACUCAGUGCCACUACCAACCAGAGCGCAGAUCUACGCGACCUGGUAUCGAGCAUUUUAGUGGAAGAGCAUCAACGACCCAAUCCAGACGCUAUCGUGAGCCACAAGUUCUUCAAAGUGGCUUACGUGCCAGCAGAGAUACCAAAGUCUGCACGAACUGAGGUCCCAAAAUGGGAAGUGUCGAUACCGUCGGCAGAGACCAUCCGGCGAGGUUAUAGCGAGACAUGGUUCUCGGUCUGCAAGGAGUCGGGCGUAGGGGAGUAUGAGGAAGGCAGAUGUUUCCCACUCAAUGGUGGGCGAAAGAUCAGGAGUAUCGUGCAUGAUAUGGAGAAAGAGACGCAACUGGGUCGCCAACCCAUGAUGCCCAUUCCCAAAGAUGUGGUGUACACAUCAAUGAUAUCCGACUUUGAGAAGACCAGUCCGGACAGUUCAGCAGCGUCUGUGGAGCUGCCUCGAAAGAACUUUGCCAGCCGCCAUAUGAGGGAGAUGUCGCACAACGAGGUAGCCAUGCCUCGAUUUCGUGCAACGGACACGGGCAAGGCGGCGCGCGACACAGAAUUGAUGCCACCUCCUCGAGCACCGUCACGCGCGGCCAGAGCGCCCGGGACGAACUCGGUGAGGAGAGCUGCUCGGACCAUCAGCGAGGAGACAGCAGCCAAAUCUUCAGAAUCCGUCAAGAUCGCAUCAGACUCGUCUUCCUCUGGGCCUUCUUCUGCGGCGCCUGUGCGAGUGGCCAAGACGCGACCAGCACCAGUGCCGUCCUCUAGUGCACCGGCAACAGUGACGGUGGCAUCGGCAUUGAGAGAGUCCAAAAACUUUGCGACAGGCACGACCACUUCUCAUCAGACAUUACCAGCCGAGCAGAGCUCAGAUCCGCUAGAAAAACCUCAAAGAAGUGGUACCGUCAAGCGUAGUGCGGACGCCAGUCUUGCGAGACGGCCACGUGCACCCAGACCAGCACAGGAGCGCCCUUCGUCACCAGAAGAGCUACAGCUGCCGGCCCAGCCAAAUGUUGCGAAGGUCGCCCGCAAACGAAAUGUAUCUCAGCCAGUGGAACAAGGUCCUCUUGCGACGCUGGACGAGCUGAAGCAAGUGGAGCCUUUCAAGUCGAGGAGAAAGGCGCCUGCUGCAGAAGUGAUUGAGAUACUAUCUGAUCCGGAUUCAGACGACAGAGAUGAGCUUAAGAAGCCCGUGGAGUCCAUAUCAGCAACGCUGAAGCUCCCACGACCUCCCAGGAUGACCGCGCGACUACCACAGCCACGAAGAAAAUUGCACGAUGAAAUGGAGCCUGCCGUACCAGGUACAGAUCCCACCGCCGUGCUGAAGAAAUUGGCCAUUCUCCGAGAUAACCUUGCCGAAGCCCUGACGCGAUCAGCAACAGCCAAAGCAACGUCGAGCUUGCGGAGAGAUAGCAAUGAUCCGGGUGCGGGCCUCCCUUUUGUCUCACGAUGGGUCGACUACAGCCGGAAACAUGGCGUCGGGUACGUGUUGUCGGAUGGCACGGUGGGGUGCAUUAUCAAUGCUACCGCCAGAGCUGGGCAAGAACCCACACCAGUCACACAUGUCCUGGUUCGCAAUGGCCAGAGAUGGCUGAAAAAGGUCCAUCAGAACAAAGACUUUACCGGUAUCGACCAAGUUCCGCUCGAGAUUUUCGAAGACCGCGACUUGGAAGGCAUCAAGCGCAAGGUGUACAAAGGUCUUGGUAGCGUCAAGGAAGGGCCACUGCUCGUCGAGGCGGAGAGAAGACGAACAUUGAGCGUGCUGUGGGUGAAGUUUGGACGGUACAUGUGUCAGUCAUUGGAUGGCUCCGAGGAAACGGGGGACAUCAGCCCGAACCAGGAAAACUUUGUGCGAUUCUACCAGAGAAUUGGCAACGUGGGAGUGUGGGCUUUCGCAGACGGAUGUCUCCAGGUUCACUUCCCCGACCACACCAAGAUUGUGCUCUCCUCGUCCGGCCAAGUCAUCUCCGCUACGGUCUUGACCCCCGAAGCGACCUCUCACCUCUCGCAACAUGGAGAGCUGCUCCCCCAGCACGUCUCCAACCGCGACGUCCUCGCAGACAGUGUGCAAGCGAUGCUCUUCGAAGGCGGACGCGUGCGCCAACGAAUCGUAAAAGCCAACGAGAUUUCCGGCAAACUGGCUUUCAUCCGAGACGUGGUCUCACAAUGGAUUACCAACGAUGGUCUGGGCCGACUCGACGAAGACCACCAGCAGCAGCAGGGCGGCGGCGGCGCUGCCAAACUCUCUUGGCAAGGUCUGACGGUCAAGGAGAACAAAACCAAAGUCGACCGCGUGACCGUUGGGCGGUACGGAGGUGAUGAUGUUCGCUCAACAGCGGCGGUGGAGACUGUGAGAGCAUAGGUCAGGUAGCAAGCAGUUACAUCCAUGAAUCAUCAUCAUCAUCAUCGAUGGUUCUUUUUGGAUGAAGUCACGAGAAAAACGAAAACGGCCAGAGUCUUUUAUUGCAUCCGAGGGCGCUCGCUCUCUUGUUUUGUUGUGGUGUGUUGUGUAUGGGGAUUAGAUAUGAUUGAACAGAAAGAAAGAAC